UCAUUAUUUGUCGAUUGGAUAUUUAAAAUGGAAAGCGAUGACGAAGAAAAAAUGUCUGCAAGAGAUAUGCGAGCACUGUCAUCCUAUUUACGUGAUGAAGACGCGGAGGACGAUGUCGGAGAUAUUUUAAAUACAAGUGCCUUAACCCUAGGAUCUCAGCAGGAUAGGGCUAAUUUAGUUUUGGGGCCUUCUUCACUACCAAUGAAACGUCCACGACAUGAUUCAGAAGGUGAACAACAGAGUAGUCAAACUUUCCGUAUCAGUGACGUAGAAGUGCCAGCUGUUGCUGACAUCCACAUUCCAGAAGUUCUGACACCUCUCCCUGCACCCCCAAUUCCAGAGCGACUAGUUGGUCAACAAAUUUCGUACCCACACCAGUCAGUACAUAAUCCGCAGUCAAGCUGUCAGCAAGAAAGAAGCUCAACACCAGUUCCUUGUCCAACCAUUAAAAGAGUACAAGAGAGCUGUCUUGAGAGAAUACCAAGUUCUUCACUGGGUUUUGUACCUAGCGUACAGCAAGACAACGCAAGUGGUGAUGAGAAUCAAAUUUUAUGUGAUGAUAUUCUUGCACACACGUCUUUCAGAAUUGAAGAGGAAAGUCUCUUCGGGGAAGAAUACUUUUGGGAUUAUCGGGAUGUGGAGGAUAAUUUUCAACUGACAAAGCCACCUGGACCACACUUUAUACAGGAAGAAAUUAUUGAGGAAGAUGAGGCACAUGAUGAGCCAACAGCGGGGUGUGAUCAAGGGAUACCUAUCUACCCUGGUGCCAGCAUUAAUAUGUUAGAGAGUCUAACCUCAAUACUGUCGUUUGUUCAGUCUGAAAAAAUUAGUGGUGUAGGUCUUGGGCGCCUUCUGUCACUUAUUGAUCUACAUCUGCCGCAGCCAAACAAUUUCUACAAGAGUAGCCAUUCUGUCUCAAAAAUGUUGGAAACUUUAGAUGAGCCCGUGCUGAUGCACUAUUUUUGCAGUGUGUGCUACAAAACUAGAGUCAGUUUGUCUGAUCUAUGUGACAGUUGUACUGAUCCAGCUCGUUAUGUGCACUACUUUCUUACUUUUCCUUUGGCUGCCCAGUUAUCACGUUUUUUAAUGAGGCCAGAGUUUGUACAAAACUUACAGCACAAACUUACUAGAGAUAAGCAAAACCCUGAAAAUAUAGAGGAUAUCUAUGAUGGUGAAAUUUAUAUGCAAACUGAGGCUCAAAAUGUCACUGUUAAUGGCAUUUCCAUCACUCUGAUGUGGAAUACUGAUGGCGUGCAGAUUUUUAAAUCAAACACUUAUUCCUUAUGGCCAGUUUAUAUGGUAGUAAAUGAACUUCCUCCAGAAAAACGAUUUCUGAGUGAAAAUCUGCUGAUAGCAGGUCUCUGGGGUAGUCUUGUUAAACCUCACCCCAAUGUGUACUUAUUGCCAAUCUACAAGGAUCUUGUGCCUUUACAGAAUGGAGUUCUAAUGGAUGUUUGUGGAGAAUCAGAGAAACAAAGGGUAGUUGUGAAAACUGUUUGUGGAACUUGUGACGCGCCAGCUACUUCCUUAUUCAUGAACAUGAAGGGGCAUGCAGGAUUUUAUUCCUGUCCUAUUUGCUUUAUUAAAGGAGAAAAGCCGGGGGAUGCAACAGUUUUUCCUUAUGCUGAAGAUGUACCACUUAGGGAUUUGCAAUCCUAUAAAAACCAUGUCAAGUUAGCUGUUCAAAAUAGGAUUCUCCUUAUGUCUACUGUGCGGAAUGAGGAGCGGUACUGUGGUAUCAAAGGACCAACCAUUUUGUCAGAUAUGUUAGAUAAUAUGUUUUCAAUGAUGUCAAUCGACAGCAUGCACUGCAUCUAUCUUGGUUUAAUGCGGCAAAUGCUGCGACUGUGGUUUGACAAAGAUUUCAAACAUCUGCCAUUUUCAUCACAUGUUCAAAGUUCUACAAUCAGUGCACGUUUGUUGAGUUUGACACCACCUCACUUUCUUCAGAGGUUACAUCAACCUGUGGAAAAAUUGGUACAUUGGAAGGCCUCAGAAUUUAGGUCAUUCUUAUUUUAUGUGUCAUUAGUCCUUUUGCAGGGUGUGUUAAAGCCUCAUGUCUACAACCACUUUGCUUUGUUUGUAAAGGGUGUUGCUCUCCUGAACUCCUCAAGCAUUAGUCCCUCUGACAUAGUGACAGCUGGCACCCUGUUAAGGCAGUUUGUGCAGGAAUUUCAAGUUAUUUAUGGUGUUGACAACAUGUCCCACAAUGUGCAUAUGUGCACACAUUUAGAUCAUGUGGUUCGACUUCUGGGUCCAUUGUGGGCUACAAGUUGUUUUCAAUUUGAGGACAUCAAUGGCAGACUUAAAAAUCUAAUUCAUGGUACUCGUCACGUUGGUUUGCAAAUUCAUUCUAAACUGUCUCUUAUGACUUCUCUACCACUAAUGGUCAGGCAGUUGAGGGAAGGCCCAGCAAAGAUAUACUGUGAUAAUUUAAGAAGAAAAUAUAGACUUAAAGUAGCUGAUAUCAUUUCGCCUGGUGUUUAUUGUGUUGGAUCCCUGUCUGAUAUUAGUCAUGAUUAUGUUUGGAUUUUUGCUGUUCUAAGAGAGAGAGAAUUAUUAUCCCCAAAUUGUAAAAUUUUCAUGUUUGAUAGACUUUUAAAGGAUCGCCUACUUUACGUUUCAGCAAAUUACAAUCGUGGUGAAAGAGAUUCUUCCUACUGUAAAUAUCAAGUGGAAAGUAGUUGUAAGUCUGGUCAUAUCAAGUUCUUUGUCAAAGUGUCAUGUGCAUGUGUUCAAAAGUGUUCUUGUUCCUUUCCUACAAAAUAUAUGGCUAUUAUCAAACCUGUACCUGUGGUGCCAUUCCAAACUGAGUCAGUUACUGUUCAUCAUAUUUUUAAAGUUGAUGCUUCUCAUGUGCAGGAAGAAUUUUUUAAUGUUGAUGUUGUAGAUAUAUAUGAUUUGAAAACUGUCCUGUACAAACUAGACUGCUUAGACAUUGUAUACCUUGCUGAGCCACUCAAUAAAUUUGAGUUGGAGUAGUUGUGUGCAUUUUGCAAGAGCCUGGUGCUGAAUUGUUUUUUCAGUUAUUUACAUUGGCAGGUAUAAUGUCCACAAUAAAAACAAAGACUACUGUAAAAAA